CUAUUCACCUUGAAUUCUCCAUCCCUGCCGCCAAGCAGAAGUGUGCAGCCUGGAUCUAUCUGGCCUGCUCCUGUCAGGUCCUGCACCUGGAUCCAGAGGGGAACCCUGACCUCAGCCAUGGAACCUGCCUUUGGAGAAGUCAACCAGCUAGGAGGGGUGUUUGUGAAUGGAAGACCCUUACCCAAUGCCAUCAGGUUAAGGAUUGUGGAGCUGGCUCAACUUGGGAUCAGGCCUUGUGACAUCAGUCGACAACUGAGGGUUUCCCAUGGAUGUGUCAGCAAGAUUCUGGCUCGCUACAAUGAGACUGGAUCCAUCCUUCCAGGAGCCAUUGGUGGCAGCAAACCUCGGGUGACCACCCCGACUGUGGUCAAACACAUCAGGACCUAUAAGCAGAGGGACCCUGGGAUCUUUGCCUGGGAAAUUAGGGACAGGCUCCUGGCUGAUGGGGUGUGUGACAAGUACAAUGUGCCCUCAGUCAGUUCUAUCAGCCGGAUCCUUAGAAAUAAAAUUGGAAAUCUGUCCCAGCAAAGUCACUAUGACUCCCACAAACAGCAUCACCACCAGACAGCCGCCUCAGCUCUGCAGUACAACCACAUCUACUCCUACACCAACCCCAUGGCUGCAGGAGCCAAGGUGCCCACACCGCCUGGCAUGCCCUGCAUGGCAAUGCCCCGGACCUGGCCCUCAUCGCAUUCUGUCACCGACAUCCUUGGGAUUAGGUCGAUCACAGAUCAAGACACUUCUCCCUACCACAGUCCUAAAAUAGAAGAAUGGAGCAGUCUGAGCAGAAAUGGCUUCCAGUCCACACAGCACAUGAUCAAUGGACUGGAGAAAGGCUCCCUAGACCAGGAGGUGAAGUACAGCCAGACUGCCAGUGGUUUACCGACAGUUGGUAGUUUUGUCGCAGCUUCAGGAAUGACACCAUACCCCACUUCAGCGCCAGUAUCCCCCUACAUGGCAUAUGGCACAGCAGCCCCCACAGGGUAUGUGACAGGUCAUGGAUGGCAGCAUACCGGGGGUACUCCACUGUCCCCUCAUAGCUGCGACAUCACUGCAUCACUAGCAUUUAAAAGCAUGCACACGGCACGAGAAGCAGAAGAAACAAAAGUAAGCAUCCAUUCCCGCAAAUCUCCGCAGUCUUACCACACAUCCCAACGCCACGGGACAGUUGCUCAUAUGUCAAGUGCAUAGAGACCAUGGACACCCUCUAUACUCAAACCAGUAUCAUGCAAAAACAUCCCACAGUCUAUCGAGCCAGUAGUACGUACAGAACUGGAGCAUUGCCAGAAAUCUGCCAGUCACAUGGAUCAUGAACACCUGACCACUUGAGCAAAGAAACCAGCUGUCUCGUCUUCACCUGGAUAUGCGGUCAGCAUGAAAGACAUACACCUGGUGGACAUACUGUGAAAGAAUCUUCUCUGGAUUCAAUGAACCAUAUCUCUGCACCUUCUUACGGAAUUUUAAACAUGCC